AUCCAAGGCAACUUAAAGAGACUAGGGUGUGUGAACUAUGCAUCAGCUGCAGUGUCACUUACAACUACGUCUCACCCGAAAGACGGAGCACAAGGAGGUUAAGUGACUUGCUCAGGGUCACACAAUGAGUCAGUGGCUGAGGUGGGAUUUGAACCGGGGACCUCCUGGUUACAAGCCCUUUUCUUUAACCACUGGACCACACAGCCUCCAUAGGAACACACAGCCAAUAAAGGAACACCACACAGCCUAUAAAGGAACAUUGAAGUUUAUAUGAAAACAAUGGCGACUGCAUCAAACAGUAACUUCCUUAGAGUACCACUACUAGUCUUGGGCUACCUUGGGGAAUGUCCCAGAACUGACAUUGUUGUCUUUAUUCAGUGUCCCUCUAAAAGUCUUAAUCAGCAUUCCAGCCCUCUGGCUGCCAGAUGUAUGUUAUUGCUUUUGGCCUGUGCUGAAGAAGCAGGUUUGACCAGCAGUGUAGUGAGUUUCCAUUCAGAGAGGGAACUCAAAGACAUUAAUUGAGCGGGGAGUGGAGGGGUUAGAGCCUCUAUUUAAGAAGGUAGAGGAAAACUGCAGGAAAAAAAAAUUGGUGAUUUGGGGGAAAUUUUGCAAAAUAUCCCCUGGCCUUGAAAUAUGGUAAAAAAAAGGAGAAGCAGGGAAGAGCAAUGGACCUGUUCUACUCUGCUGUUUGUAGAUUAUGGGUACAACUGCCAGUACAGCACAGCAGACGGUCUCAGUAGCAAAUCCAUUUGACAGUGUCCAUGGCAACGGGAUGGCAGACAACAGGCGGUCAAUGAGCAUUAACUCCUUUCAAAAGGUCAACAUUCAAAACAACAAGGCCAAGUCCAUUAUUACCAAUAAGGUGGCACCGGUAGUAAUUACGUAUAACUGUAGAGAAGAGUUUCAGAUUCACGAUGAUCUCCUUAAAGCAAAUUACACUGUUGGACGAAUUUCAGACACCAUGCUUGAACAUUACCUCGUACAGGGUAAAUAUUUUAUGGCGCAGGACGUGUACAGUAAAGCAGAUGUCUUAAACACUACGGGCAGUUGUGGUGCACCAAACUUCAGGCAGGCCAAGGGAAGCUAUCCUUUGUUUGGAAUGGGGCAGCCCAGUCUUAGUGGCUUCAAGCAAGUCCUUCAGAGACUGCAGACACAUGGUUACGAGGAAGUGAUCUUCUUCUGUGUGCGAGAGGAACCUGUUGUGUUUUUACAUUUGGAAAAUGAUUUUGUACCUUACACACCAAGGAGAAAAGAAAACCUCCACGAAAACCUCCAUGGUUUGGGGAAAGAUGUUAAAGUGGAAAACCUGGAGUUGACAAUCAGAAAGGAGCUUUAUGACUUUGCUCAGCUCAAUGAAAAUGUGUACUAUAUCUACAAUGACAUUGAACACUUCAAAAAUGAGCCGCAGCACAUCACCAUCAGCUGUGAAGAGGAUAUUCAUGUCACUGAAGAAGUUUACAAGAGACCUGUCUUUACAAUGCCUUCAUAUAGGUAUCAUCGAUUGCCACUUCCAAUGGAAGGCGCACCACAGGAGGAGCAGUUUGAUACCUUUGUUAAUAUACUCAGGGAGAGCCCAAAUUUGCUGCUUUCUCGAGACACAUCAAAACCUCUUCCUGCCCUCCUCUUUAGCUGCCAAGUCGGAGUGGGUAGAACAAACCUUGGCAUGAUUCUUGGUACCCUUGUGAUGUAUCACCAGAAAGGAGCUCCAGAGAAGCAAAAACUCGCUGAGAAUGCCAGCACAGUGCCAAAGGCACAUUUCCAGAUUAUCCAGAAUUUUAUCAAUUUAGUUCCAAAAGGUCAGCAAAUUAUUGAAGAGGUGGACAGUGCUGUAGCACUCUGCUCAGAGAUGCAUGACAUUAAAGAAGCAAUCUACGAGAACAAAAAGAAGCUUGAGGGGAUCGGGGAGGAUUACCGGGGAAGUAGCACCAAAGAAUAUUUUCUCCAGAGAACGUUGCAGAGCCUGGAGCGCUAUUUUUACCUUAUUGCUUUUAAUUACUACCUUCAUGAACAGUAUCCUCUGGCUUUUGCACUAAACUUCAGUAAAUGGAUGUGCUGUCAUCCUUGGGUUUACAGGCUGCUUGCCAGCAUGAAUUUAUCAGAAUUAUCUGUACCAGUGGAUCUGGUAACCAAGGGAACAAGGUUGUUGGUGUCCGAUGAAUACUUGGCUCCAGAUGUUCUUAGUACAGUCAAAGAGAUGAAGGUAGCCAAUUUUAGAAGAGUCCCCAAAAUGUCAGUCUAUGGAAUGGCACAGCCCAAUUCUGAGGCGACUGGCUUUGUCAUGGGCUACUUGACAGAUGAGAAGAGGAAGCACUCGCACAUCUUGUGGGUGAAUCUGCAGGAGGAGGUGGUGUUGGAAUGCAAUGGGCAGGUGUACACCCCCCGGGAAGCAGGCUGUUUGGAACAACAGAUCACUGGGCCAGCCUCAUCACCAGACGAUCUUGAGAAACUAGAAACUGCUGCCAAAGAGGAAAUCUUAAAAUCCCAGAAAUGGCUGGAAGUGAGUCUGGAGCAGGAAAAGCAGAUGAAAAUGUUUAAGACCUGCUUAACAGUGCAGGAGAUCUUCAGCCAGCAGAAGACCUCCUGUCAGGGACUCGUAUACCGACGCAUCCCUGUUUCAGACUGCUGUGCUCCAAGGGAACAGGACUUUGACAGGCUGAUGGAAGCCAUGAAGGCGACCGUAGCAGAGAACUCUCAAGCUGCUUUUGUAUUCAACUGUCACAAUGGCAAAGGGAGGACCACCACAGCAAUGGUCAUUGCCACUCUCACUCUGUGGCACUUUAAUGGUUUCCCUGAGAUGAGUGAUGACGAGAUAGUGAGUGUUCCUUAUGCCAAAUACACAAAAGGAGAGUUUGAGGUUGUGAUGAAGUUAGUUAGACUUCUGCCUGAGGGGCACAGAAUGAAGAAGGAGGUCGACACGGCCUUGGAUGCUGUGAGCGAGACCAUGACCCCCAUGCAUUAUCACUUGAGAGAGAUCAUUAUCUGCACCUACAGACAGAUUAAAACUGCAAAAUGUGAGAAAGAAAUGCAGCUGUUGCAGCUGCAAAGCCUGCAGUACCUGGAGCGCUAUGUUUACCUCAUCCUCUUCAACACUUACUUACAUUUGGAGAAGAAAGACUCCUGGCAAAGACCUUUCAGCAUUUGGAUGUAUGAGGUGGCAGCCAGAGCUGGGGUUUAUGAGAUUCUGAACGAGCUGGGAUUCUCAGAGUUUGAAAACCCAGAGGACACACAACUUGCCAGGCUGCGCUACCGCUGGCAACAGCAGAGCCUCCACACGCUUCCUUUCCGAGGGGAGUUCAUUUAAGAAAGGAUCACUGUGAACUGCCAAAAAUAUCUCAUUAACUGCUUAGUCCGCCUUCAUAAUUUUUUUUUUCUUUCCCCAACAC